AGGAGAAGUUGAACGUUGAAGUGAACCUGAGUGAACCAUCAUCGCCGGUAAAAAAAAAGAUAAAGUUUUGGUGUAAUUUUAAUUACAUUGCAAUUACAUCUCCUAAAUAAUUUUGUUAAGUGUGAAAGUAUUCUAAAUAAACAAAAUGGUGGUGAGACAAUAUAACCAGGAACUUGAAUACCUGGAAAAAAUUAAUUCUCAUUGCUGGAGAAUCAAAAAAGGAUUUCAACCAAACAUGAAUGUUGAGGGUGUAUUUUAUGUUAACCAAACCUUAGAAAAGCUUAUGUUUGACGAACUUAGAAAUGCUUGUAGACCUGGCAUGGUAGGUGGCUUUUUACCAGGUGUAAAACAAAUAGCAAAUGUUGCUGCUCUUCCAGGAAUUGUUGGUAGAUCAGUAGGUUUGCCUGAUGUUCAUUCUGGGUAUGGAUUUGCCAUUGGUAAUAUGGCAGCUUUUGAUGUCAAUGAUCCCAAAUCUAUUGUUUCACCUGGAGGAGUAGGUUUUGAUAUUAACUGUGGAGUAAGGUUAUUAAGAACAAACCUCUUUGAGCAAGAUGUAAUGCCCAUAAAAGAACAGCUAGCUCAAAGUUUGUUUGACCACAUCCCUGUUGGAGUAGGUUCAAAAGGUAUUAUACCAAUGAAUGCAAAAGAUCUUGAGGAAGCAUUGGAGAUGGGAAUGGACUGGUCACUUCGAGAGGGAUAUAUUUGGGCUGAGGAUAAAGAACAUUGUGAAGAGUAUGGAAGAAUGUUAAAUGCUGACCCUUCAAAAGUCAGUAUGAGGGCCAAAAAGAGAGGCUUACCACAGUUAGGAACAUUGGGAGCUGGCAACCACUAUGCCGAAAUCCAAGUAGUAGAAGAAAUCUAUGACAAAUGGGCUGCCAGCAAGAUGGGUAUUGAAGAAAAAGGACAAAUAUGUGUUAUGAUUCACUCAGGAAGUCGUGGAUUUGGUCAUCAAGUUGCUACAGAUGCUCUUGUUCAGAUGGAAAAAGCCAUGAAGAGAGACAAUAUUGAAACUAACGACAGGCAGUUGGCAUGUGCCAGAAUUAACAGUCAAGAAGGUCAAGAUUAUUUGAAGAGUAUGGCAGCUGCUGCCAAUUUUGCGUGGGUUAAUAGAAGCUCUAUGACUUUCUUAAGCCGGCAGGCAUUUGCCAAGAAGUUCGGCUUAGCUCCAGAUGAUCUCGAUAUGCAUGUCAUUUAUGAUGUGUCCCACAACAUAGCAAAAGUUGAAGAACAUAUCGUAGAUGGGAAACCAAAAACACUUUUAGUUCACAGAAAGGGCUCUACAAGAGCUUUUCCACCACAUCACCCACUCAUACCUGUAGACUAUCAACUUACAGGACAACCAGUGCUGAUUGGUGGUACUAUGGGAACCUGCAGUUAUGUUUUAACGGGUACCGAACAAGGAAUGUUGGAGACAUUUGGAUCUACAUGCCACGGGGCCGGUCGAGCCUUGUCCCGAGCCAAAUCAAGAAGGAAUCUGGAUUAUACUGAUGUCUUACGGAAGCUCGAAUACAUGGGAAUUUCCAUUCGAGUCGCAUCACCGAAGCUAGUUAUGGAAGAGGCUCCAGAAUCAUACAAAAAUGUUACUGAUGUUGUAAAUACGUGCCACGCUGCCGGAAUUUCGAAGAAGGCUAUUAAACUAAGGCCUAUAGCUGUAAUUAAAGGUUAAAUGUAAUUAUUAGGUACGUGACAAGACAUCUCGUAACGCGACAGUUCGUAAUCCCACAAAUGGUAACGGACAAUUUGUAACGGCGACAGUUCGUAACUGUACAUGUUCGUCACGGUACAAUUCAAAACGUCCAAAUUGAUUAUUCUCUUUAACGUGGAAACUAGUUUUAUUACAGUUACAAUUGAAAUUACGUUUAUCAAUUUAACGAACCAGCAUCAGGAUAAAAACAUUUUUGACACAUUUCCUAUUUUGUGGAGAUAUAAAUUUUUAAAAUUAUGUCUUAGAGAGUAGGCGCAAAAUUUCGUUCCAAUGCUUUUUAAAUUUUUUUUUCGAAUCCUGAGAAAACUAAUAAGUAUUCUUGAAAAAUUUUAACGCAGAAUGAAAGAUCAUUACAUCAUUACCGAGGGUAGAAAGUCCCUGGAAACUUCUACGUUUAUUUUAAUAAGUUACAGAGGUGAAAAAGAAGAGACAAUUGAGAGUUAUUUUUAAUUUCAAAUAUCUCAUUCAAAAGAAAUUUUUGUUUAUUCUAAGGGACUUUCAACCCUCGGUAAUAAUGUAAUCUUCAUUCUGUGUUUAAAUUUUUCAGGAUUCGAAAAAAAUUAACACCAUGUCCGUAGUGAUAUUUUCCAAAUCGAACAUUCGCUAUCUUUGUCAUACAACGCACUCAGUCGAACAGAAUAUGGUGAAAAGACAGUGACAAACAGGCUACUAAAUAUUUGACACUGCUUCAGGAAUAUUCUUAGUUGUUUAUUAAAUAAUAUUGAUGGUGUAUUUGAUAGAUAAUUGAUUUAAGAUGUGAAAUUAAUAAACAGUUAUUUAUUGUUUAUUAUUUAUGGAAGAUCCAAGCACAGAAUACACCAGGGUAUAUUCCAAGUUUUUAUGGUUAAAGAUGUUCAAAAUUUAUCUAAGCGUUCCAUAGUGACAAUAUAUUAUUAAAAUUACUUUUUCUCUUUCCUCGAUUAUAGUUUUUAUCGUAUAGUAUAUAAAUUAUUGUAAUCACUGAAUACGUAGUGAAAAAAUAAUCCUGUCAAUUAACUGAAUUAAUAAUAAUUUAAACAAAUAUACAAGUAACGGUUAGCCAAGAACAUUCAAAAACAAUGAAAUAGUUAAUGAUGACAAUGUCAUUGUCAACUAAUGUUUACAUUUCCAUAAUAGUGAGAAUUUUACUACACGAAAUUGGCCGUGUAAAAAAAGAAAAGUAGGGAUAGCCGUAAAAUAUUUGCGCAUACGCUCUUAAAAUAAAUAUAAUCUACUUAGUAAUGUAAAUUGUAUUAAUUACUAUAGUAAAUACACUAUUAUUAAACUGUUUUUAUUUGUUUUAUUAUUUUUCACACUUAAUUUUACUACUUUAAAGUGAUCAUUUAAGUGUAAAAUAUAGUUAAAAAGAAGUGGUCUUAAAAAAAAGGAACGUUACUUUUAGUAUAGGAAUGUUAGUAAAAUCCAUUUUUGUAGAAAUUCAUUAAUACUAAAUUUGCUAAAAAGAAUUAAUUGUUGCCGUUCCGAAUUGUACCGUCACGAACUGACGCCGUUACGAAUUGUCGGUUACCAUUUGCCCGGUUACGAAAUGCUGCGUUACGAGAUGUCAUGGAACUAAUUAUUAUUGUGUCCGAUGUCUUGACAAAAGUGUAUUUUUUGAGGCAGUGGACAGAGUUAAUUUUAUUAAUAUAUAAAUUGGUGUCACAGUUUGAACAAACUUAUUCUGAUUGUGUUACGAUGAUUCUUCGAUACCUGACCCAGAAAAAACUUGUUUAUACAAAAUUAGUAACUCCUUCAUUAUAACUUUAUGAAUCCAAGUGAUUAUUCUUCUUAGGGUGCCUGUCCGUUCCGAACGUUGGCGAUCAUUCUGGCUAUGAUGAUUUUGUUAGUUGCUAUACGGAAUAGUUGUGUUGAGGUCUUUCUAUACCAUGCUCUCAGGUUAGUAAGCCAGGAUAUUCUUCUUCGUCCUGGGGCCCUUUUUCCUUAAAUUUUACCUUGUAAAAUGCACUGGAGUAGCUCGUAUCUGCCUUGAUUUCUCAUUAUAUGCCCUAAGUACUGCAGCUUACUGCCCUUCACGAUGUUGACUAAAUCUGCGGUUGUGUUCAUCCUCCGUAGUACUUUUUCAUUGGUGACUUUGUCUGUCCAUGGUAUCUUCAGGAUCCUUCUGUACAACCAUAGCUCAAAAGCUUGAAGUUUCGAUAGAGUUUCCGCCUUCAAUGUCCACGUUUCUACUCCGUAUAGAAGCACUGAGUACACGUAACAUUUAAGGAUUAUUAUAUAUAAGUGAUUAUUACCUCUUUACAAUUUUUGCAACAGGUCAUAAUGUCUGGAAAGAGUAAUCAUUUCAUGAUCAUGAAUAAUUGAGGGGGCCAGACGUAAAAGGGUUUAAGUGCAGUUUUGAUAGUUCUGAGAUAAUCAGCUCCAAAGUUGUUUGAGUUUUAUAGAUUCUAGGAGUCAUUAAACUAAAAUAUGUCUAGUGUACAAGGUACUAUAAAAUAAUAAAAAAUAUAAGGGUAUUGUUACUUUUACUAUAUCCUUCCUUUUUUUCAAUUAUUAAAAAAAUGUACUUGAAUCGGUACUUGGUGUUGAUAAAUUUUACUGGUAAGACGGUUCAAGUGCAGCUGUUAACUACAUAUUACUAAUCAUUUUUGUCCAAGCUGCUAUCCACAGGGUAACUACAACUGGCACGUUGCAUAAUACUUAAUAAGUCUUCAAAAUUGGUCACAAAUAUCUUUAUUUACUUGAAAUUAAUUCUGUAUUAACAUGUGUUUACAUAUUACAGAAUACUAAAAAUAGUUUUGUGGUAAAAUGGUUCAAGCGCACUUAAACCCGUUUAUUACUAUUUAUUUUUACAGAAUACUAAAAAUAGUUUUGUGGUAAAAAGGUUCAAGCGCACGGUUAAACCUGUCUACUACCAAAGCAAACUACAAUUGUUUUCAGUGAACUAAAUGUAUUGGCGAUAGAUGGCGACUGUAGGGCGAAAUAUGCUUAAAUCGUUUUACCACCAAGUUCUAAUACCAUUUAAGUAUGCGAAUCUGUACUUAGAGUAAGAUUUUAAAAAAGUGCACUUAAACCCUUUUACUUCGAAUUCCCUCAAUUCAUAACAACAAUUAUUGUUGUUGGUUGUUGCAUUAUCGGGAUGGAAAAUCAUUUUCUUCUUUAUCAAAUGUAUUUCUUUAUAAUUUUUCGCGUUUUUUAACAUAUUGCAACAAUUGGCACACUCAAUAUUUAUUGUUUUUUGGAUUAUAGCCAAAAUGUAUUAAAAAUUCGUGGGAAAUACUGAAAAUAUUCAUUUCUUACUUUGCUAUGAGAAACCGUGACGUCGACCUCGAGUAUUUUUUCAUUAAGUGGGUAGGCGCAAAAUUUGCUUGCAAUGCUUUUUAAAUGCAUUAAUUUUUUUCGAAUCCUGGAAACUAAUUAGUAUUUUUGAAAAAUUUAACUGCAGAAUAAACGGUUACAUUAUUACCGAGGGCCGAAAGUCUCUGAAAAGCUCUAUAAUGUUUAUUUGAAUAAGUUACGGGGGUGAAAAAAAAAACGAGAAAAUUGAGUGUAAUUUUUAAUUUCAAAUAUCUUAUUAAAAAAACUUUUUUAUUAUUCUGACUUUCGGCCCUCGGUAAUAUGUAAUGUAAUUUUUCAAUCUGCGAUUAAAUUUUUUUAAAAUAUUUAUUAGUUUUUCCAAGAUUCGAAAGAAAUUAAUGCAUUUAAAAAGCAUCGCAAGCAAAUUUUGCGCCUAUGCUCGUAAAUCAUUUAAAAUUCUGCGCUAAAUGUCAUUUGAGAUACGGGCUAUGCUAUGCUUCAUCUCGCGCACUUUAACGAAUGAUAUUAAAGUAUGAGAUGUUGGGUGGAUUUUUCUAUUAGGCCAGACAGUGGAACUUUUAAAAGUCGGCUAGGAGGUUCAUAGUAUGUGCUCAUAUUUAACUAUUGAAACUGAAGCAACGAAUUCCAGUAAUGUUGAAUCCAUCGCUACUUUGGUUUCGGUUGGUAUUACUUCUUCUAUGAAUUUUAAACAAGAUUCAUCGUGGUCAUCGAAGAGUCAUCAUAAUUGACGAAAAAAAUAUAUUAUAAUAUGUAGUUAAUAUUAUCUUCAAUUAUUAUUGUUUAAUUGUAACAUCGCUUUUGUCAGCAGAUGUUCUUAAAAGGCAUUUUAGAAAAUGUGAUUGGAUUUAUGUUCUUUGAUUUAAUUAAGUAUAGGAUAAGAAUUUUGUGUGCGUAUUUAAAAGACUCGAUAAAAAUUUUAUAUUUUCAAAAGAAAUUAAAUACAUUCGAAAAGUA